AUGAAUACUGAUAAUAGCGAUGACGACUUUGAGCUGAUGAAGAUUGUGGAACGGAGGAUUGCAGAAGCAGUUGAAGAACAAAGCAAUUCCCAAGUAAUAAGAGGACAUGAUCAACUUGUAGGGAAUCGACAACAUCCGAGGGAGCAUCUGACUGCACUUGGCCUACAUAAUAAUAAUAAUGCAAAGAGUAGCGGUAGCCAUGAGAAUGAUGGCUUUGACUUGAUGGAAAUCGUAGCCCAAAGAGCCGCUGAUGCCAGAGAGGCUAUUGACUCUGCACAGGCUCAAGAGCCGGGUUGCCCAAAGUCCCACCAUCAGGCUUUGCGUCCAGUGAGAAGUCUCAUGGGUGUUAUGGAAUUACAAGAGCAAAACGAUAAUAUUCCAAGCUCAAGUGUUGCUAUGACGUUCUUGAGUCGCAUGCCAAAUCUCACAGAAAUGUUUUUACAGCCAGGAGCCUAUCCUGUUAAUGGGAUCGACGCAUGUCUUGAAGAAGAAGAUGAAUCUUCGGGAUCCAAUAAUGAAGAUGACAACUGGGAGGAAGAAGAUAUCCAAGCUGUCGCAUAUCCCAUCGACCAUCAGGGUUUGGAAGAAUUGCUCCCCAGUGGAGUCCCCUUUAUCCCAAGGGACAGAGCUGCUUGGAAGAGAAAGCUUAUGUGUUAUGUUUCACUGCAAAUGAUUAUUGGCAUGCUCAUUGUGGUCACAUUCCUUGUGGUUUUUGUUGUGGGGAGACUUUUGGGUGAAUCAUCACGGCUGGUUAGACUGGGAUGUACAUGA